AUGAACAUAAGCGCCGGCAACUAUAACCCGACCCGACUCACACCAAGAAACUGUGCCAAACUGUGCCAGCCAAACUACAGGUAUGCAGGCCUUCAGCUUGGUCAGCUGUGCUUCUGUGGCGACUCCUACGGUAACUAUGGACACGAUGAGACCUUACAGUGCAACUUGGCCUGCCCUGGUGAUGAAACCAAAUCUUGCGGGAGCGCUACCCACAAUUCCAUCUACGCAGUUCCACUGCAAGUUUCCUCCGUGAUAUUGUCUGGAAUGACCAAUAACUCCGUGAUUUCUCGCAAGGAUGUGACGGCUUUCAGCGAUACUUUCUUUGCCCUGGAGGUUGAAGGUUCUGGAUUUGCAUCCGUUGUGGUGGAGUUUGGAGAUGGAUAUAUUGAAUCGUUUUCGAAUCGUUCAUUUAGUCACCGAUAUCUAUACCCAGGCCUGGCGCACAUGGAAGCCACAGUGCUGGAUGCAGCCCAAUUAGCCCCCUACCCUACCGCAGCCUACCUGCAGAUCCACCUGCCCAUCAUGGACAUCAAGAGGCUCUGCCCAAUCGCUGUCCUGCAAGGGGAGGUGUUUGACUGCGAAUUCACCACUGCCGGGACAGGCAUGCGAGCCUCGGUGGACAUUGAGGGAAUGCAUAGCUUCAACUUGACACUGGCUGAUGCAUCGGUGUUGAUGUUUGGGCCUAACCUGGACCAGACUGAACAGCCUACAGAGCCAGACGUACCUGGCGUUUUCAUCAAGUUAGCUGACCGAGUCACGGACGAUGCUGAACUGGUUUUCAGACCCCAUUUCAUAAACGGACUACAGUUUUGUUACCGGACCCUCAGCUACAUAGAUGAGGCCGAGGAUUGCUUGCAGCAGUCCAGCCUCAUGCAGCACAGGUGCUUGCAAGGAGAGAAGUUCAGCUUCACCAAGCGUUCCUGUUUCGACACCGACACCAAACUUAUCGUCAACCCAGAUGCCUCUCAACCCGAAGCAAUAACUUACUCCGAGGUAUCUCGCUACAAUUUCACCACCGACAAACCGGGAAAGCAGUUCCUUCCACUACCUAACGAAGAGAGAUUCGAGUUACAGGCAGGAGAUUUGGUUGGUUUCCAGUCCCCGGGAACCAGUGUGAUCCGUCGUAUACAACCUCCAAUUGCAUCGAACGGUGAUGUUCAGAUUCCGGACAGCGAUAUAAUUUCCGUUCCUCCAAAUCCUCCUCCCAGUUCUGGACAGUUUCUGUUCCGGGCAGUCGCAGUGCGGCCUUCCCGGCUCCACGUCAGAGGAAUGUACGCCCAAAACAGCACGUUAGGACCCCGGAGCAUCAAAGUGUCGGUCGAGAAUGCUGUCAGCAGUCAAACAUUAGCAACGGUCAUUUAUGUUGACAAUGUGAUUGAUAACGUGAGCCUCAUAGUCUCUAGAUUAGGUAAAAACAAAGGUGUACUUGGCCUUAUUCAAUACAAUAUUAUCUUCUUGAAUUUACUACUUCUGUGCAUAUCUGAGACGUAUGAGACUGUUGGCUUAACGGUCGACUACGAUGGCGAAGCAUUUGCUGUGGAGUGGAACAUGGGAGACGGAAUAACGUACAACACUACAGAAAACUCGACUACCUAUCAGUGGAAGACAAAUGGUUCUUAUAACAUCACCGUCAGGGUCCUCAACCAUUACAACGCACAGUCUGAUACAAAACUCAUCACAGUCCAGGAGAGAAUUCUUGGCCUCAACUGGACAACUCUUGACCUCGGAACCCCAAUCCUGCUUGGCAGCCAAGCAGUUCUUAACUGGACUGCUGACAAUGGAACGGAUAUGCAAUAUGUGUUUGAAUUUGACUGGAACCUCGGUCGACCCGUAACAAACUUCACAUUUGGUAGCGACGGGGCAUAUUAUGUUGCCUCAUUGACUACGUCAGAUUGGGCUCUCCAGAGCUUCACUAUUCAGCUCUCAACAGAUGCAUUGAGUGGUAUGACAACCUUCAUCCCAGAGGGACAAGGAAAUCUCACUGUUUCCCUUCAUGUCUUCAACCUUGUUAGCGACAUGCGCAUACAGGCCAGUGUCGUCGUCCAGUCUGCCAUAUCUGGGUUCAACGUCUUUCAUGUCCCGCCUCAAAAAUUUGGCGAGGACAUUGUCCUGGUGUAUGAAUUAGCGAGCGGUAGUACUGUCAUUGUUGAAAUGACUGUGGACGGGUACCAGGUAGAUGGGACUUGCGUCACUACCGAUCUUGAGGGCGAAUGCAUGCUGGGUUAUCUAACGGGUUACUUUGAAGACGGCGAAUACAGCGUCGAAUUGUCGGCUUACAAUGGCAUCAGUGGACCAGCCAUUGUGGUGACAAAUAUCACCAUACAGGUGCCAUUUAGUAGCAGCAAUCUCAGUGUAGAAAUCUCGCCCGGUCUGGUCUUCGCCACCGGAACCAGUCUCAGUGUUGUUGUUGACAUGUUGCAAGGAUCUGACGUCCACCACUUGGUUGACUUUGGAGACGGCAGCAAUCACGUGACCGGUUUUACGUCUUGUUUCCUCCCUGGCUGCGAGGACGAAAUCGAAGUCGAUCGUGUGUUUUCUAUUGCCGGAGUGUACGCAAGUCAGGUUCUUACUUGGAAUCUAGUCAGCAGUGUGAAUUACAGUAUGGAAGUCAGGGUACAGAACCCGGUGACAAUCCUGUCAAUGGACAGGCCCACUCCCUCGGAUUUGAUUGGUGUUGCCAAGGGUGAUUCAUUCGAGAUAAUUGUCGAUUUCAAUAUUGAUGAUUACACUAAUGGGAGUGGUACCUUGCAGCCCACAGACGCAACAGCGGCGUACUUCAUCCCAAAUGCAUUCUAUGAUAACUACGCUCUAGGUAUCACCAACAAUGCCCACUACCCUGUUACCCAAGUGCUGCCAGUACCAAGCCAUGGGUGGUACGUUGGCAACGUCACAGUGUUCAACCUCGUCAGCGAAGUUACGUUCCAAAUAAACGUCAAUGUUGAAGAAUUCAUCGAGAGCUUUUCCAUUGUGCCCACCAACGGUUUUGAUCUUUUGAUUGACGAAGUGCUCCAUUUUGAUCUAAACGUAUCGUGGGGCUCACAGAUCGAUUUCAGUGUCAGUUUUGGAGACGGUACGUCAAGAUUGAUAUACAGCGAGAAGCGAGGGACACAAGUGUCCCACGUGUAUGCAGCUAUCGGUGAAUAUCAGAUUUACGCAGAAGCAUGGAAUGGUCUAGGGAUAGUCAAUACAAGCGCAUCGGUCAGAUUGUUCGGCAGAGUCACAGGGUUCUUUCUGCAAGCACCAUUGCUGCACAGGUUACCCUUAGUCGGAUCUUUCACGGUAGAAGUUCAACUGUACAUUAAGAGGGUAGCUGUCCUGGCUAACAAUGUCACAGUUAGCAUCAAUUUUGAUGAUGGUAAGCCUACCGUUGUUGGUCUGACGGCUGUAAACAUGAGCCGACCAGAAUUAGACACGUCGACAGCGAUUCACAUGGCCAGCUUUUCCAUGACCUACAACGAGACAGGAAAAUUUACCGCGGCGGCCCACAUUGCCAAUCCGGCUAGUUUUCAGAAUCUCAUGGUCGAGUUUUGGAUUUACAAGGUGGUAUCUGACCUGCAAGCAUUCCUGAAAUACAACGAGUUUUCCGUGGGCAAUUUCACCUCAGGUGAUCCCGCGUUGGAUCAGCAACCCUUCGUAGCUGAUGGUUUGUUUAUUCCAAUCGACCACGCAGUCGUCCUGGUUGCGACAUUUGCCUCCGGCAAUGGCCUCACGUUUACGUGGGACUUUGGCGAAACCCCAGGUCUGCACACCAUAACAGACGAACCCCGUGAGAUCUACAAGUACAAUGACCCGGGAGUGUACAACGUCACUUUGAACGCUUCCAACCCGAUUUCGCACAUGACGACCGGUGUCACUGUCAAUGUCCAAGUCCCGGUCACUGAUGUCACGCUGACGGUUCUCGACAUCGGCGACCAAACCAGCAACGUGACGAUGUACUUUGAGGUUCGUGCUGUCAGCCUGGGAACAGACGCUUGCUACCGAGUUGACUUCCAGGAUUCACAGAUCGCCCCCAUUGUUUACUUCGGCUCUCAAAGUGUCUGUCUGGAAACCUACAGAACCGAAAUUAGCUAUGCGCAGUACCCGUUUGUUUUCGAACCAUUAGACAUGCUUGGCAACUGGGAAGAGAAUAGAGCACCUGGAGCAUUUAACAUCACCAACAUUUAUGAUCGCUACGGCAGUUAUGCAAUCUCAGUAACAGGCAGUAACAUCGUGUCAAGCUCAUUUUUUGUGCUGUCGCAAUAUGUCUCUAAACCGGAUUGCUCCUUCCCGAAGGUGUCCGUGAAUAAACCCAACCUCUGCGACAACGUUCUCUUCAAAUGUGCGCAAGACACGAAAUACCGAGUUUACUUAGCCUCUGUGCAAAUCAUCAUCAACUCGGAGGUCUCUUUGAACUGUAAGAGCAGCAAUAAGGGUUGGUACGACUGGUCCGUUUCUUUCUUGGGAAACAGCACAGGGAACCAGGGUCAGGACUAUGACCUUCCAGACGACAUCAUGACGGCUGGUCUGUCACUCGGAAGCCUGAUCAUCAAGCCAGCCUCCUUGAGGUACGGCUGGUACCACUUGGAGCUAAACGUCUCCAUGUACCAGGAAUACCCGCCAAUUGCUGCCACCGACUCCACGUACAUCCACGUGGUCUCCUCCCCGCUGGAAGUUUCCAUUUACGGCGGAGACGAACGCACCGUCAGUAACAACUACACCAUCACGAUAGACGCCGAGCGAUUGACGUACGAUCCCGACAUCCCGCGUAGCAGCGCCAAACCAGAUGACUUCAGAUUCGUUUGGUUGUGCCGUCGUAAGUCAUACUACAGCACCAACACGUUUAACACCACUUACGACGUAGAACCCUUUGAAGUCUGGGACAAAUUCUAUGACAAAUUGGAAACAGAUGGUUCGGACAACAAGAACGGUGAAAUUGAUGCCAGUGAUAGACUUGUUGGCAUAAGUGAUCGUGAAGGAUGCUUCGGUUUGUCUCAAGACGGGAACGUACCUGCGCCCGGAGUGUUUCAGAUUACUUGGGAUAGGUAA